AAGAAUACCAGCCAGAUGAGCACCAUGCAGGAAGAAGGCAGGAUGCACAUGAAAGCUCUUGUGAAAGUGUUGAUUUUUUGUGUUAUUCUCUUUUUAAGCGGACGGUGCUUUGCAUCUUUUAAUGAUGAAUCUCUCAAUGCACACUUUGAAUACCCUGGUCCAGCAGUCAGUGAGAGAGAUCUGCCAAUAUGCCCACCAAAUGCCGUUUGUAGUGUGUUGCAUAACCGUUUCUGGAGGAAAACGAUUGUGAAGAGGUUGUGCCGAUGCUUGCGAAGGAUAGAAUGUCCUUGGGUAUGGACUGAUAAUCCAGAUAACAAUACUAUACAUCUCGACAGUAGAAGCCAACUUAAGUUCUGUGAUGAAGUGCGUGACCUUCCCGAGUGUAGCCAGAGAAAGCCUGCGCUCACUGUGACAACGACAGCUUCAUCAGGGAUGAAAGAUAUCGAUCUAACUCCGGCAGUUGAUGAGGAAAAAAAGUUAUCAGUAAAUGUGUCAUGCUUCUGUCCCAUUUCGUUUGUGUGGGAAGAACUACCUCAAAGACAAAUUAUUCAAAGUCCAGAAAAAGGAACUGCAACAGUUAUCACUCAUUACAAAUGUAAACCAAUGGAGAAGUGUUCCAGCUAUGAAUUUUGUGGUAACAUUAGGGCAGAUUAUUUUUCGGUAUACUACAAUUGCUCAUGUCCCACAGGACACCUCUGUCUUAACACAGACAGGACUUUGGUCAUGGUUGACGAGUUGUUGUAUGAUGGAGAAGCUUAUCAAGCAUUCUGUUACCCGCAGUAGUUUUAACGCGGAAUUUAUAAGCAUGUACUGUGAGAUAUGUCAUAAAAUAUAGCUUGUGAAAGAAUAGUAACUAAUAAAAACUAGAAAGAGAGAGAGUCUA